CUGUUCGACGGAAUAUCAGUGGUACCAACCCGACUGCCGGGGCGCCGUCGUCCAAAAUCAAAAUUUCUCAAAACGGGGGCUGAUAAGGGCUGAUAUAGCUUCGUUAUCAAUUUGGCAUUCGGCGAUCCCCGAAUCUAACGACAACAAUAACAACUAACAAGUACAACUACCGCCCGUCGCCCAACUCCCAACUUCCUAAGUCCCGGACCAGUCGAGGGGCAUAUCAUGAGCAGUAAACGACAUCGGCCGGCAAGUCGACUUCUCUGCGCGUGACUCAUGCAUCGUCGUUGCGGUAUGAGUCACGGACAGAUGACGAAAAAAAUGUCAAUUUGCACGAUUUUUUGCAACUCUAGCAGAGUCCUAGAUAAUUCAUCGUCAAAAACUAUAAACAAUCGUACUAAACAUAAUAUUAUGGACAACGUACGGCAAAUUAUUGGACGUCGUUUUUUAGUAAGUCUGUCUGCUCAACCGGACGUGAAUAACAUCAUGAAGACGACACAUCUUAUAUGAAGGAUUUCGUUGUUAACUUUAAAUGCUCAAAAUGCUACAGUUACAUCAAAACCGUUCGACAAAUAAUGGUUACACUAACUGUAUUGCUAGAGCCAUGUAUGAUAACAUUGCUGAAGCACCUGAUGAAUUAGCAUUUAGAAAAGAUGAUAUAUUAACAGUAUUAGAACAAAAUACAGCUGGUCUUGAAGGAUGGUGGUUAUGUUCAUUAAGAGGCCGUCAAGGGAUAUGUCCUGGAAAUCGCUUAAGACUAAUACCAGGUGUUUAUGAAGUGACUGAACCCCAAAUUAUAACAACUUGUAUCCAAGAUAAAAAUCAUCUUAAUCAUGAAAGCAAGCAUCAAAGCUGGCAUGCAAAUCUAAAUACAGUGACAUCACAGCAGAAAUUAGGUGACCUCCUUACAUAUGAUACUCCUCAAAAAACUAUCGAUUCUAAUGGCUAUAAUAUACCACCUACUAAUCAUACUUUAGAUCGUCUAACAAAUGAUCAUACAAAACGACCACUCAGUAUUGGAAGCAGUAGUGGCUGCUGUAGUGAUAGCUAUGAUCCUCUUCCAAACCAACAUCCUCUUGUUUCAAAAGAAAGCUAUGAUGUACCAAGACCACUGAAUGUACAAGUAACUCCAAGCAGUUCAAUCAGCUCAUUGUCAACUGGUGGUAUCUGUAGUAGUACAAGUGGAAGUGAAUCUAAUCGGUCUAGUAGUAUUGGACUUGAUUAUGAUAUUCCUAGAAACCGGACAUUAGUUUCUUUGCAAUCUGAAUUUCAGAAUUUAACUAUAAGUAGUCAGGAUUAUGAUGUUCCAUCAAAUAGUUUACAACCUAAAGAAUUAUCUAUAGACUUAAACCGUGCAUUGGAGUGCUUAGAUAAAUUAACAUCAGAAGUGUCUUCUAAUACCACUCAACUAUUAAAUUAUGCUGGACCAAAUUGGAGGAGUCAAAAAAAUUUAGAAGCUAAUCUUCUUGAUAUAAAAAUAAUAUCAUUACGACUUAAAAAUAGUUUACGCCUAUAUAUUGAAUUUUCAGAAGGAUGUCUAGGAAAUGCAGUUAAUGCUCGUGAUAAAGGGAUCUCAACUAAACUUCAACCAUUAGUAUUUGAUUUAAUAAAAACUGAUAAAAUGAUAUGUUAUUCCACCAAUGCUUUGGAUUGCCUUGAUUGGAAACCACAAGUAUUGUACAGAGAAUUAAACAAUGAAUGUGAAUAUUCUGAAGAUGCUUUGGAUAAGUUAAUUUCAUGUGCCAAAUUAUUAACUGAUGACAUUCGUCAAGUCACAUCAUUUAUUAAGGGUAAUUCAACACUAUUGUUUAAAAAAGAAAUAAUUUCUACUAAUGAUGAAGAAGAUGACGAUUAUGAAUGCAUAGGUGAUGAGAAUGGCAAAAGGCCGAGUAUUAAUAGUGCUUCCAUUAAAAAUGACAGUUCUUCUGAAAUUUCUACUAAAGAUAAAAAAAUUUUUAAUUACUACAGUCAUCAAAUUAUCAGUCAAACUAAUUUGUUAACUAGUCACAUUAACACGUUUUUACAAAUUGUUAAAGAAAACCGCCCACCACCAGUAUUUGUUAUGAAAGUUAAGUAUAUAAUAUUAAUUGCACAUCAAUUGGUUGUUGUUGGUGAUACAAUAUGUCGAAAUGUUCAAGAGUCAACUGUAAAGAAUCACGUGGAACAGUGUACAAAAGCUUUAUCUGCAGGUAUUUCUACAGUAGUUCAAAAAUCUAAAAUAGCCACGCAGUUAUUUCCUAGUGUUACUGCUGUACAAGAAAUGGUAGACUGUGUUGUAGAAAUUUUGCAUAUAGUGAAUGAUCUGGAAGUAUCUGUUUUAAAAAUAAAAUGAAUCUUAUUUA